GUGAUUAAGAUUCUCAAUGUUACUAAUUUUCUAAUAAUUUUAAUUGUUACAACAAUUAAACGUCUAAAUGGUCAACAAUUGAUUCUUCGACUGAUUAACUUGUUAUAGUGAGACUUUAAUUUAUUAGUUUAAUGACAACAUUUUGGUGCCAUUGUUCAGAAAAUAACAAAUUAAUUGAUUCCUGAGUUGUUUAAGGUUAAUCGCCAAUGUCAACAAUCUUGAACAAGUUAACAACAAUAUUUAAUUCUGGUGCCAAUGAAUAGCAAUUAAUUUCAGGUUAAUUUGACAGUUGAUUGUUUCUCUACAAUUAAAUGUCAACACAAUGUCAAUGGGAAUCAUGUAACUGCUACUGUAUGUAAAUGAUGUUUACACUUUGAUGAAGGUCAAUUUUUGUGUUUGAAAGUCACAAUCAAUUGAAAUGAUCAGUUGUCCGUUCAAUUAACACCAUGAAGCUGUCAACAACCUUGAUAACGGUUUGAUUGUGUGAUGAUUAAGUGGCAAAAAGAUGAAGCAAAUACUAAACUACCUUGAAAUUUACCUGGAUCGUUAAAGUAAAUUUAUCAAUUAUCCUGCUAAUUGUAUCAAUUCAAUUUUCAUCUUAAAACCAACCAAAUUUAAAGGAUUUUUUUUUGUCUCUCUCUCUGGUUCCAUGUCGCAACAAUCAAGCAAAUUGUCAAGCUCUCUGACCAGUACCUUAACUUAUACCGAUGAGAGAGAUUUCAACAUCAUAAUUGCUGUUGCACAAUUUAAUUUAAUUCCAUUGGAGCUCAUCAACAUCAAAAUUGGGAAAUACAAACAUCUUCAAUUGUUGAGAGAGAUUCUAAUCUUAAAUACUAAUUACCUGAUAUUAACUUGACAAAGAGGGACAUUUAUUACUUCAUUUGAAGGAUAAAAGAAACAGAAUUGAAAAUUUCACUUCUAAUUGGUUAACUAAUUGGAUCAAUGAGAUUGAAGUUAAUUAUGGUUCGAUAUUGGUAACGAGUAACAUUUCAACUGAUUGUCGACAAUCAAUUGUAAACUAUGUUAAACAACUUAAAUCAUUUGAUUUAAAUGCUGUUCAAAUGAUUGAUUCUUCAGGUGGAUUACCUUCUGGUUUACUUCAAGGUUCAUGGACAAAUUUAGGUGCUUUCGAUGAGUGUUUAUCAUUACCUUCGAGUCAAUAUUGUUUGGUCAACAGUCGAGUACCUUUACCUCGAACCCGAAAGUACGAGGGUUUUUUCCGUCCAUUAACGGACAAUCUUCCUGUUAACUCUUCAUUUAAUCAGCUGAUUUCAUCUUAUGGUCACUACUUUAUUCAAAUGAACAUAACAACUGGACUUUGUUUACCUCAAGGAUGUUCAACCAAUGAACUUAAUUUACUCCUUCGAUCAGCUCUUAAUAAACACCAAUCGGGAUUACAGUUUUCUGUUGACAUUUGUCAAACUCAUUCAGAAUCAAUUCCAUGGUUGAAACAUGAGAUUAUCGUAGUAACGAUAAUUGUUUUCGUUAUUUGUGCCAAUAUAAUUGGUACACUUUUACCUUCAACUCCUUUACUUGGACAUUUUAAUGUUUUCCAAAAUUUGACGAAAACAAUAUCACCCGUUCAAAGGUCACCUGUCACUUGUCUUGCAGGAAUUAAAACUCUAACUAUGGCCUACUUAAUCUGCGGUCACAUUGUUUGGGGAUUUAUCUACAAUAGUUUCAAUCAUCUUUUCGCUUUUCCAUCGACGCUGGUUAAUCCAAUUGGACUUGGAAUCCUACUUGGACCAAGUAGCCUGGAAACUUUUUUCCUAGUCGGUGGCUUGGAAAUGAUGACCUUUUUCAUGGAUAAAUCGCCAUCAUCUCUAUCAUCAUUAGUCUCAUUUCCAACCUUCAUCUUACUUCGUUGGCUUCGAUUCUCAAUUACCGUCGGUUGGUUUAUCUGUGUUUAUAUAAUCGUUUUCUCAGAUCACUUUAGAGUCCUGAUUGGUGGACCUUUUUGGUAUUAUCUACAAGCGGCCUCAUCGAUUUCAUCAACUUGUGCAUCCACGUGGUUUAAUCAUCUCUUAUUGAUUGCUCAUCAUUUCAAUACACCAGAAAAUUUGAAAACUUGUCUUCUAGCCGAUUGGUAUCUCGAAGUAGAUUUCAUCUAUUCCAUAAUAUUUAUAAUCAUUCUGAAACCUUAUUUAGCCGAUAAACCAAUUCUAUCGAUAGUCAAUUCAAUCCUGAUCAUCGUUGUUGGAAUCACAAUCACCACAUUGAUUACAAUUAAAUAUGAUGUUCAAACUUCAUGGUUACCAACUAACUUUUUCUCCAAUCAAUUUACCAAGUAUCUUGUUUACAUUCACUCCAAACCAUGGGCUCAUGUGAGCCCUUAUUUCAUGGGUGUUAUCCUCGCAUUGGUCCUAAAUUCAGAUAAACCAAAAGUCAACAAGAAACUAAUUCCUUAUGGUUGGUUUAUUUUCUGGCUUUCGAUCUCUACAAUUUUUCUCUAUGAGAUAAUCAUCAACAUUAACCUAAUUACAAUUAACCGAUCAUUGACCAUACUCUAUGGGUCAACCUCCCGAUUGUUGUGGUCAAUUAUCAUCGGUUGGUUAAUUUAUAGUUGCCAUUUUUCACUUACCUGGUCCUGGUUAUCUAAUAUACUCUCAUCCCGAUUUCUUGCCGUUCUAUCCCGAGUUAAUUUAAAUGCACUUUUCGCCAAUUUCCUAAUUGUCCGAUUAAACAAUUCAACCCAACGGUCACUAAUUAACUUCUCAUUGUCCACUCUCCUGUUUAGCUAUGGUAUUCCAAUGGUAGUAGAGACUUACCUGAUUUCCUUUAUUUUCACAAUUCUAAUUGACAAACCAUUCACCAACCUGUUAAUCAACACAAUUAGAAAAGACUUGACAAUCAACGAUAAUGAUAAUAACAAUAACAGAGACAGUAAAUCAUCAAUAACAAUUAAAAAAUGUUAAUCAAUUUCAUCAUCUGUCAUUAACAAUUACAAUCCUUAAUUAACCCGAUCUCAUACCAAAGACUUUCACAAACAAAAUUGAAAGUAAUCACUAAUUAACUGUACUACCUAAUUUACCUAAUUAGUUAUAAUAUAAUAUUGUCUCAAUUUCAUUGAAAAUGAUGAUUAUUAAAUUAAAAUUGUCUGAAAAAAAACAUUUACAAGUUAACGUUAAUUGUUACAAUUAAAACAAAUCUGAAGACAAUUUGUUUCAAUGAAGAAAACAAAAAAUCAUACCAAACAAACUGAACGAUCAAUUAGCAACCUUGUCCA